AUGGAUCCACCUCAAUACCUCAAACAGCUGCUUCAAGUGCAACUAGCCACGGAUUCGGCGGCCGUACUUCACCUCCCCUUCAUCCUUGAAACCCUCACGAGAGAGCAUCUCGCCAUUUCUCCUCAUACGGGGAAAUGGACGUCUCGCGUGAACUCCCUCAUACACGCGAAGGAUUUUGCCGCGAAAUGGUGCGGUCUGUGCCUCGCAUUUCAGUCCGCAACUCUCUGCAAGAGCGUACUACUUGAGCAUGGAGAAAGCUGGCUGAAGGCAGCGGUACCUCUGCUUGGGGUGCGUUUAUUCAACCAAACUCCAGCAACCUGCCCACGCCCCACUUCAAAUGCUGCAAUGCGCUUGACAAGGCUCAUAGCUGUCGGAGCGAUGGACGUACCCGAGUUUCAACGUUUGGUGUGCGUUCCUAACGUGCCAAUAGUCGUGAAAAGACUCGUCGCAAUGGCGGAAGAGGACGGCACCACAGAGGCUUUGCUUCCCAUUCUGGAAACAAUAACCCAUCUCGUAUCGUUCCAUCCUUCACUGUGCCGCCCACUCCACACCGCCCUGUCCAACUUAGCCUUGCGCUCUUUGAACGGCUCUGCUCCCACAAACACUCCGCACGAACUUGUUGAAGCUUGUUCGAAUCUUUACUGUGUUCUGCCUCUCACUGGCGGUAAAGUGAAUGCGCCGACCUUAUGGCGCAAAUCUUUGGACAACACCAUUGCAUUCGCUUGGGGUGCAUUCCUAGGUAUGCGCAACACACUUGAAAAUCCGAAUGAUCCUCUCAUCGGAGUCUCGCUGGGACUGGAUCGUCUACGAGCAGCCAUGCGAGUAGUUGAUGACCUCUUGAGGUGCAUAACCUCUUCGCCCAUCCCACGACCUGUUGUUCUACCAGUCGGUUCACUCGUACGGCUUUGCCUGGCCCUUCUCCAGUGCUCUUCUAGCGAAAAGGGUCUUGCAGGGGCCGAUACCAUUGUCGAAACGAUGGAGCGCGUCAUCGUCCCGACAUUGCGGAAAUUAGGGUGUCAACUCGUAGUCUCCGUGUCCAAGGCAGCACGGCAUCAUAUCACGCCUCAUAUGCUGACCCUGCUCACGGUUUUGGCAUACCAUCUAGAGCAGAACCUUGAUGACGCAAUCGUCGCAUCGCGUCUGACCCGGACGAUUGUUCCUCAUGUUGCCGUACUGUUGUCAACGCGUUCGCAGGCCAAUGUCGAAGAGGAGCACACCACUUCACAAGGAAAGUCCAAGAAAGGCAAGAAGCGGGCACGCGAUUUCGAAGGGGAUGAAGUGUUCAAGCUGGACCGCGAGAUCAUUUGCCCGACAGCUACGGAAGGUGACAUUUUGCUCAUCUCGCUUGAUUUACUGGAGAUACUCUUAGUGGGAGUGCAAGUUUCCCCUUCGGUCUACUCGAUUGGGUGCAGGUCACUGCUCGCCAUUCAAGCCUCAUUUUCGCGGAUAUCUCCGGCCCUGUUGUCGCCGGAUCUGUCACUCUACCGAAAACUACAGGGUAAACUGCUUCGCGUAUGCGUUCACCUGGCAAUCGGUACCUCAAGCACCAUGAGCAAGUCUCUCGGACUCGUGCUAGGCCUUUCGGAUUCUACCAGCGCAGAAACUGGUGAACUGACCAUCCCCACCGAGCUGGACGUCAUCCUCCACCCCCGUGUUCCGCCAAUGGUUCGCUCCCUGCCUCAUGUCGAGGCCCUGUCGCUAUUCCGAUCCGAAGAGGGCCGAGAAGAACUUGACGCUCGCAACCGCAUGGGCCUUGAUUUGGUUGGCGAGCUUCGCCUCAACGAAGCGACCGCGGUCGCCACCGAGGCCGCGAGCUUGCAGCCGCAGCCGACUCGAAUCGGGGUGGCGAUGGAAGAGGCCGUGGCUCCGGAAAUGGAACUGCAAACUUUUAAGCACAGCACACUCGUUUCAACCACGCAAACGCCGAUGCAAGUGGAGGAUCCACCGUCCAUCACACCGGCAGCGAUCUCGUCGCGAGCACCAGCACCUGGCCCACCCACAGUUCCAAAAUUUGCGGCUCCUCCUGCCGAAGCUCAAGUCACAAGCUGGCAUGCUGAGCCACUCCUAGAACCGACGUUCCGCACUACGUCGUCUUCAGGACCUGUAAAUACACCGAUGGACGAGGAAGAUGACGAAGACGAACCCAUGCCGACGAUCGAUAUGAAUUCGGAUUCUGAAUCCGAAUAG